AUGGCCUCAUUCACACCCAACCCCAAUUUUGACCGCGAGCACUCGAACCCUAAAGACUGGGCCUACCACCUCGGCUGCUUGCCCCAGACACACCACAUUGUCUUUACCAAAGAGGAGUUCAUCUUGUUCCUCAAACAGCAAAAUAUUCAUGUCGGACCUGGGUACAUUGAGCUCUCCAAGCUGCCAAAGUAUGCCACCAUCGGCAAGCUGACCACCUCGGACGAUGCCAGACCCUCGGCUGUCCCAGCUGCGGAUCCCGUUCCUGCUUCUGCUCCUGCUCAAGCUUCGCAGCCACAGAAGACCUCCGAGGCUGAAGCCGAGGAUUCGAACAACAAGAACGUCGUCUACACCAGCUCGGGCGAAGUCUUUCGUCCAAGCCGCAAGGUGCGACAGCUCCCCGGUGGCGGCUCCGCGCAGGUCACUGCGCUCUUUGGCGGUGGUGCGGAUGAUCAAGAGUCUGCCCCGGCAUCUGAACGCCGAAUCGCUGCUCCAGCCCCUGUUGACAACGGCUUUGAGCCUCUCGGCGCUGCCUCUGCACGACGAGUGGCCAGCGGCAACAUCCAAGCCAAGCAAGAGUCGCAUUUUUAUGACGACCUCGGCUCAGACAAGCCAGGCGUGUACGAGGGCGUUCGAAACGACGCUGUGAUGAACAAUGGCUUUCGACCCACACGACGUGUCCGUGUGCCUGGCGGGACCGGUGGUCUUUCCAGCAUCUCGUUCACUUAA